AUGUCCGCUCCCGCUUCCCAAGGCCCCCGUAAGAAGGUUGUGCACCAGCUUGACACUCCUUUCUCUACUGUCUCAUGGCCCUCAAUCUUGAUAGAAGACCAGGACACCAUCCUCGAAUUGCUGUGCGAACUCCUGAGCCCCAUUGGGAAGUAUCGUCAGACACAAAUCAAGAGAUCCAAGGGAAGACGUUCAUCGCAAAAGGAGAAAGCGACCAAGAAGACAGCCCAUGCUUCAGAACAACCUCCAGUGCCCCCGAUGCCCGAGAUAGAAGCCAGCAUCGAUGUCGGUCUUAACUGUAUUACUCGAAACCUGCAGUUGUGUUCGCGACAAGAGACUGGAUCAAUGGGAGACGAACCUGACCGACAAUAUUCCAUGGUCUUUGUAACGCGGGGCGAUCAAGCCUCAACAUUCAACUGCCACUUCCCACAGAUGAUUGGGGCGGCAUCUAGGAAGACCAGUUCCGAAAGGAAAACUCGCCUGAUAGGCUUAUCUAAACCAUGCUCUGAACGCUUGAGUUCUUGUCUUGGAGUGCCAAGGGUUUCAUCUAUAGCUAUUCGAAUGGAUGCCCCAGGAGCUGGAGCUUUGCAGGAGUUUGUUAUGAAGAAAGUCGAGCCAAUAGAAGCCUCGUGGCUUGCUGUGUUUUCGGAUGCACAAUAUCUUGCCCCAAAGAUUAAUGCUAUAGAAACAACGGUGGGACCCAAGCGAGCGCGUGUUGAAUGA